UUACCUUGUAAGCUACUUAAAAAGGUAACUUUGUUGGUAAAAAUGACAAGAAAAAUUUACAUCUUACCUUACGUUGAACUCCUCUGCCAAUUCAAUAUUUUUAUGUUCUAUAAUACACCGGCGAUCGAUAUUUGAAACGAUCCCUUGUAACCUAGUGAACGUAAAUAACUCAGUUGAUAUGCUUUGUCGUCCGCCUCUGCGUUGGAAGAGUACGUUGCAAAGGGAGAUUUGAUCGUUAAUUUAAUAUUGCUUUAUUACCAUGAUAUUUUCAGUGUUUGAUGCCGAAGUUGCCUUUUGUUUAAAUAUGCAGUCUUCGGAGAUCUCAUCCAAGAUCUUUAUAAAUUAUUAAUCAAUGGUUCAGCUGUUUGCGUUUAUUUUGCAGUGGCUCAUUUUUAGACUCUUUACAUUUAUUUAUUCGAGGCUAAGUUAAUGUAAGUGAUCUUAAAUACCUUUGAAUUGAUAUUUUCUAUAAUUUUUCAUGUGUUGAUCACUCAAUCUGCAGUAAUAAAUGUCAAGUAUAGUCGAUUUAUUGUGUUUGUUUUGCAGCUGUUGGUGCUGUUAACAUUAGGUUGUUGUGAGAUAUGAGUGCACCAUAUCCCCCUACUGGAGUGCAAGGAGGACAACCUACCUAUCCCGGUAAAGUACAGUAAACUUGCGCUGUUAUACAUAUGAAAUGUGAAAGAAAAGAAUGCUUGAUUAGAGGACUUUUUUGUGGGAGUGAGACCAAAAUGGGAACUCUCUAGGACAAUAAUUUAUUACCCAUGGUAAACUGGCAUUUUUGUUGAAUCUUUGUAGGUCAGCAACAGCCAGGUUAUGGACCACCACAACAGGGUUACCCUCCUCAAGGAUAUGGACCUCCCCCCCAGCAGGGUUACAGGCCUCCUCAACAAGGGUGGGGACCGCCACCUGGACAACAACAGUAUCCUGGAGGACCACCUCCCACCCAAGGCUACCCAGCACCUCAACAGCAAGGAUAUGGGGGACAACCACCUCCACAACAAGGCUUUGCUCUCCCUGUCGGGCAGCAGCCAGGAUAUGGUGCUGUACAGCAGGCUGAUGGGAUUCCGGCGGCAAAGCCAGGUUUUGGGCCACCACAAGGUAGUUAGUUAGUUAGUUACAUUGUAACAAAUGUUUAUUCAUUUAAUUGGUUAUUAUGUAAAAGGCUACAAUAGCUAAUGUUUUGAUUACUACAUUUUGAAGCUGCCCUACAUUUAGUUUAUCAUAGUAUAUAAAGUUCACCCAGAUGAAGAGCUACCAUGUAGAACAAAAAAGAAUGUAGUGACUCUCUAAAGAUGUACAUAACUUGUACCAGCACCCAGUUACUUUUAUCACGGAAGACAUGGAGAUUUGUUGACCUGUAAGGGAGACUGGGAGAUUUAUGCUAUAUCCCAGAAAAUCAGCAGAAGAGUUGCCAAGCAUAUAGUAAAUUCAUUAUUAUAUGAUAGGGUUAAUAUUUUUCAUGCAAAUGCUGCUGAUAGGUGAAGUGCAGACACCAUCUUACACUGGAUCAGAUGUCCCUGAUGAAGAUGUCGAUGACAAUGAAAAUGCCACAGCCCCAGCCCCAACGGCACCCCCAGCUGAUAUGUUUAGUACAUAUGCUGGAUACGAGAACACUGGAUUCGGUUAGUGACUUGUUAUCUACCGCUCAUGGGAUAAUACAUUUCCUUUACCGUAUUUAUUCGAAAAAGCGCCCAUCCUAAAGGCAGAAAAAGUUAAUAAACGCCCAGCUUCGAAUAAGCGCCCACCCCCACCUCCACCCCCUCCUGCCCCCAAUCAAACUCAAUUAAAAUUGCCCACCCCUUCCCACCCACUUGAGUGACAAUGAGAUUGAAAUUGAAAUUGAAUAAGUACUAAUAAGAGACUUCCCCAGGGGGGAGUUUUCUUCACAGCAUUUUACAGAAACCCUGCUUUGUUACUUCUUCGCGUUUUUUUAAUUAGCAUUUAUUGUUUUGUUGCAAAAUAAACAUACUACACUUGCUGAAAAUAGUGAAAACUUAAUAAGCGCCCAGCCUCAAAUAAGCGCCCACUCUCAAGGUCUAAAAAUUUAAUAAGCGCCCACAGCAGUUAAUCGAACAAAUACAGUAUUUGCCACCAGCCAACUUGCAAUAGUUAUGUGCAAGUCAAUAAAUAAAAUACCUCUUAGUAAUUCUAGGGGUGUAGAGUGGUUUCUCAAAAGACGUGGGUCUUGGAAAAUUUUGGCCCGAUCUUGAAAUCAUGAAAGCGUUUGUGCUAGGUUUCAAAGUCUUGUUUUCGGGUGAUUUUUUCGUCUCGGAGUCUUGAAUUUUUUUAAGUAUCCAUUUUGCAGUCUUGCAAGGUCUUGAAUACCAUGAUUCUAUACCUCUCCUAAUUCUACCAGUUUGGUUUUUAUUUCUUGAUGUUGGAUGUUGUCACGGUUGUUUUUCAGGUAAUGAUUACCUACCACCUCCACCGCCAUAUGAACCCCCAUCACAACCAACCCCUGAACAGCAUUUCACACAGUAAGUUUAAUACAUAAAUUAAGCCAAGCUCCUGUAAAAAAUUAUAAUUUACUUCAACCAAUGAAGUUGAAACCAUUGCAAAGAAUUCAGUUGAGCCUGCAAUCAGUUGGCAACUAAUAACUUGUCUGCAGAGAACUUAAAAAACAAUAAAAAAACCUGCAAUAUGGUCAUGUGAUACUGGUCAGUGGACGCCCUGUUUUGACAGGUGUCAAUUGACCCCAACGUGGAUGUGGAAUAUCAGGUUGCAGGCUCCCACACUAGCUACAAUCUUGGACAAAAAUGUUGGGAAAAAUGGACGUUACAUGUCUAGUUUCAAGAUAAAGCUCUUGAAAGCCCUGGCAGCGACAAAUACUCCCCCCUUCCCCCCUAAAAGACAAUGUUGAAGUCUGGCUGGAUCAUUUCUGAUCCCGACUAAACAACUUUGACCAGGGUGGGGCAAGUGGAGGGACCAUAUUGGUACCAAAUCUGCAGGAUAUGUGUUCUGUUGGUCAGAAAGUACAAAAUUCUUAACACUUUUUGUCCAAGAUUGUAGAAAUUGUGACAUUUCACCUUGGUUUUGCUGUGGUAUUGACACACAGACCAGGACUGUCACUUUGUUUUCAAGUUACUGGGUGACUAUGCAAUUAGUAGGUGGGAACCUGAGUUGCCAGCAAGUUGUUUUAGUUCUAUUUUCCUGUUGUUGCGUACGAAAAUAGGCUGAGGUUAUGCUCAUACUAGACAGGGGAAAUAGCUGCAUGGUAUAUUCUACGCUUAGUUAAAGGCUACCCACCCUUGGUAACAGGCUAUUUCUGUUAUGAUAUCUUAACAGAGCUACAUCCAUAAAUGAAGAAGAAGCAAGAGAUGCACUGCUUGCCUUUGUAGGUGAGCACUGUUGUUAUGGCAAAGGGGCUGCUGAGGAUAUGGACAUUAAGGACAUCAAUCCUUCAAGUGCUUAUCAUGUAAGUACAGUUGAAUCUCCAUUAAGCGGCAGCCACCCUUGGGGUUAUGGAACUUGGGACCUUGGGCACCAAAGGACGUCCACUAACCAACUGUGCCGGCUCCCUUGCCAGCCAAGCUAAGCGAGCUUAAAAAGUUACUCGCCCUGCCAGAAAAAUAAUCUACUUGUCUCAGACCAGGAGGCAGGACAUUUUUUGAGCCGUGUGAACCCUGGAACAGUCUCAGUCAAAUCGACUGACUGCAGAUGAUUUUUUUCUCUGUCUGUAUAUUAAAAUAAUUUCGUCCUUUGAUACAUUUAGUAGUAAAUAAUAAUAAUGCACUGCUUUAUAUCAUAAAAUGAUUGCUUUUAAAAUUUCUUUGAGCAUAAUUUUCUGAUUCAAGUGCUAAUUUCCUAUAAUACUAGCAAAUAUUUUUUUAUAUGUACUUUUAAUUUGUGAAUUGCAGUACAAUUUUGUGAGUUUCUGUGAGUCAAGGUCAACUGCUUGGAAAUAUGAGCCCUACAGAGGUAUGUGUGUCUUUAACUAAAACAGUCAAACCUUCCUUUAUAUAAGGCUCCUCUCAGUGGCCAAUCCAGACCUUGGGAGGGGGUGGGGGGGUUGGGUGGUCAUCCAGACCCUGAAAUAAGGGUUUGUGGAGCGGUCUCAAAAAAAAAAUAUCGGCCCUUCUGGCCUCAGUUUGGUCUAAAAAUAGGGGGGGCUGCCCCCCUGGAUCUGUCACUGCCUCUAUGAAAUGAACAGCUCUGUUACAAACAUAAUUCAUGUGAUCUCAAAGGUGCCAAAACCCAAACAAUUCUACCUGUGAAAUACGGAUAAUACCCAGUCCCUUUGGAAUUCAGCAAUGAGCUCCAAGACUGAGCUGCCUCGCUGAAAAGAUCUAACCUUGGUUAGUAAUGUCGACAAAGCAGUGCUGAGAUCCUCCUAAUGAACAAUGAACAAUGAACUCAAUGAAUUUCUAGAAGUGUGUCUCAAAUUUCCCUUUAACCUGAAAAGCCAACUGAACAAUAGCUUUUUAUCAGGCCAACCAUGGCGGGUACUCAAAUCCUGGUACAUAACUGGGGCCCCAGAUCAUGGAUUUCAGUGCUGCUUUUCACAUGGACUUAGCCAAAUGUUUAGUUUCGUCUGAGAUGCCGGCUAUGUAGUCUAGACUACUAGAAAAAUCUCGUAAUUUGCUGUACUACACAACUGGAGAACUGUGCACCUUACAGAUGUAUGUCCCCUGUUCCACUUUACCCAAUCCCUUCCCCCACCCAAUUACUCACUGCACCACUUACCCUACCCUACUUGAGGGCCACAAGUUUAUCAGUUUUUUCAUAACGGUCACUUGUUUACCCUCUUUAAAUAAAGGCGUUACCUUCAGUUACCUUACCUUACUUGCGAUAAACUGUACUCUGGGUUGUUAACAACAGCUAGCUAGCCCUGCUGAUUUCUGCUGCAGUAAUUUAUCACAUGCUUUCUUUGUUAUUUUGUUAUCAAAGGUCAGCAGAUUGAUGGCCCACAAAAUGGUCCCGCUCCACAACCAUGGGAUAUUCUUGCUCAGCCAAGUCAGCUAUUUACACCCCAAGAGGCGCGUAUUGAAGUUCCACACACAGCUUCUGUUAAGGUAUCAUAGUGACAGUAAACAAUGUACAGUCAACCUUCUAUUUCAGAUUUGGAAGAUGAACUAGUUUGGUUUGACUCAAUAGAGAGGAGAACUGUGACGUAACGUUACCAUGGUAGCAAAAUUGGAUUGACUCAAUUGCAGAGUAGAAAGCAAAGUGUGUGUGUGUUUUUUUGAUGGAUCGCUUUAAGUCUGAAGAAAGAAUACAUCCUAAAUUUUGCUCGCACAGACCCCAUUUACACGGAUCCGGGCAAAUUUUUGUAUGGACAAGAACUUACACGGAUCCGCUUUUCGUUUACAGUACGGAACCCAAGGAACCGUGCAAGUUUUUGAAUGGCGACGUUUCUGGGAAACUCCCUCCGAGCCCUUCCCUUAAGUCAACAUCAACACUUACUUCUCACUUGGGGGAAAAUGUUGCCAUAGGGGAGGGGUAAGUGGGCAGUUUCCCAAAAACGUCUUAUGAUCCUAAACAGUACUGCAAUCUGUAACAGAAUUUGGACGGUUCCGUGUUGACUGGUUGCUGAGGUAAAAACGUCCUCCGUUCAAAAAUUUGCCCAGAUCCGUGUAAAAAAAACCCCAGCAUUCCCGAGAGAUAUGCCUUAGUCUAUAAUAUUAUCGCUUUCUCUUGAAAGUAGGAAAUGUGGACUACAUUUUGAGUCUAAUUGCAGUGAAUCUUACAUUUCAUUACUUUUUCUUUUUUCUUUUUUUCAGCCAUGCCAUGAGUGUAUGGCUAUAGGUUACAAGCGCUGCUACAAAUGUUACGGUCGAGGAAGGGUAAGGAUCGCAGACAGUUUUUCACAUUAGUUGCUUCCGCAAGAAAAACUUGAAAAGAUGAGGUUAUCGUGAGUUUUCCCUUUUGCUUGCUCGUAACAUAUACUCGACUACGUGCGACUGUCCUGCUAAUAACUGCUUGCAGUCGAUAAAUACGAUCAAUCCUGUUCAUAACAUUACUAUACCUUCGUGUUUUUCUUGACAUAAGAAUCAGUAAUUAUGCUGUAAAAUUUUAGCAUAAACGAAAGAAAACAAAGAACGAUAUCAUUUGUUGCACAAGGGCGGCAGUCAAUAAACACGUGAAAUACGAAAACUGGAAGUCCAAAUUUUAUACUUGAGUGUCAACAGGGUAACCAACAACGAGAUAAGUAAAUAGGCCUCUUAUGGCCCAUUAUGGUAUCUUAUUGCUGGGCUGCAUUUAUUCAAAGGAGAUUCUUUGCAUGAAAAUAAGGAUCACGAUAGUACUAAGUAUUAUGAACCAAAAAGUAUGUUGGGAUUGACAUUUACGAAAAAGCUUUCCCAUACUCAGUUAAAACGCGAUUUUCUGAAUUGGGUCACGUUGUAUUGGAUGUGUCCUGGUGACGUCAUGAUCAAAACCACUUGAUCGGUCACUUAGGAAUCACAAUUCAAAUUUUGUCCAAAUAUGGAUGAAAUCGAGUGUUUGCCUAUAUCUCGUAGGUUCGUUGCACAUGGUGUCACGGUUCAGGUCACCGCACGGAAUACAGGGACGGUCAUCAUCAUCGCACGUGUUGCACGUGGUGUCAUGGAUCAGGAAGAAGAACGUAAGUACCAUGAGCUAACCAUGUACAGUUGAUCCUCUCUACAACGGGGCACCUUAAGGACAGAAGAAAGUGGCCGUUGUAGAGAGGUUUUAAACAAGAAUCAAUACAUGCAUUUUUUUCCGCCGGGAUGAAAAAAAAGUGGCCGUUGUUGAGAGGUGGCCGUAAGCGCAGGUUCGACUUUAAUCCAACACAGUCUUGCAUUGUGCACUUCACGCUGUGGAUUCCGGAUUUGAGGGAUUGAAUUCCGGAUUCUUUUUAGUGGAACUUGGAUUCGGGAUUCCAAUCGUUUGCGGGAUUCCGAAUUCCUUGAGUUUAAUUCUGGAUUCUUAAGGCCCGGAUGAUAAUAAUAAUAAUAAUAAUAAUAAUAAUAAUAAUAAUAACUUUAUUUAUCUCCUCAAAAAGGCUUUUCAGCUUAGUUUACAAUUUCAAAUAUCUAAAACUUAGUUUUCCAAAAAUACCGUUAAAAAAUGCUUUUUUAUUUUAACUUUGUAUGUGGCCAUAUUGGUCCUCCAAAACAAUGAAACGGCGGCCAUGUUGGAGUCCCAGACCAGUCCCGUGGGAGUUGAACUCUUUUCUUAUGCAAAUACUUUCUUUUGUUCCAAUUAAUUUGCAUAGAUGCUGGCCACGUGAGUGAAAACGCUCUACAUAUUAAACGAGUCGACCUUCGUUAUUCGGUUUUUAUCGAUUCGGUUAAAUGUGGGAAUAAGUAGCCUGCGUAGCAAGCGUUUCCGUUUGGUUUCGCAGCAAAGAAAGAAACGGGAUUCUCGGUUUUGGCCACGCGAGAAAUGAAACGAGCCAAAAAAUGAAACACUUACGCCAUUUUUCGCGCGGUCUUUGACUCUCGUUCCUCGUUCUUUGCUCCUAAACCGCACGGAAACGCUUGCUACGCAGGCUAGGGAAUAAGUACCUAAUUUUACCUUUUUGUUUGCUUGUUUUGUAGCUGUAAUACUUGUCAUGGCCACGGCCGGGUGAUGUGUUGGACUUGCCAAGGUCAAGGUCACCUAAAGAUGUAUAUUCAACUGACUGUCAAAUGGUAAGUAAAGUCGUGUUUCUAUCUUAACCUCAUGCCCCGUAAUCUGGAGAAAUUUGAAAAUACGUCGCUUUGCCUUCCGUUUCGUCUACCUUCCAUACGAACCGGCGUUUUCCUUCACCGAAAUUGGUCUCCUGAGAACAGAAAUUUGGAAACGAUCGGUGAGAUGGCAGGUGUGGACCAUGCUUGUUCCCAGGGUUCUCUCUUUUCCUCCAAGAGAGAGGAUCCUGGGAACGAUAUUAGGUGAGGACGGCUGAAAACGGGCUCAAGUGAAUGAUUUACGCAUGCUCUAUUGGCUUCUAAACACUGCGACAGGGUCACGUUUUCAAACUGGGUUAGUGUGAUGCGAAAUCGACAGCGCGGCCGGAAAAUAUAUCAUUUUUUGCGAACCAAGCUUACGAUAGAGGGUGACACUUAACAGUUCCAAGAGUCGAUAAACCUGUGGCCCUCUAUUAGCUUCUAACUAAUUGGUCAUGGGGACACUUAAAAGAUUAAAUUUUGUGCAAUGUUAGUUUUUUGAGGAAAGGAUAAAAGCAGAGUAUGCAGAUAAAAACUUUUCUAGAUCGGAGCAGGGAAGGAGACAAACAGCAAACUCAACCCUUACAUAGCGUCAAGGAUCUUUAGGUUUCUAUCUACCGUUAGAACCACCUUGUACAGCAUGAUACGCAAGAGAAUGGGGAAGUGUUUCUUGGUUUCUUACUAUAAGCUUUAGUUUUAGUUUGAAUGCACACACUUCUGAUAAAACGCUAUCCAAGUGUAAACACAGGAAUUCAUCACUUAAUGGCUGUCAUUUGAAUGAGUUUCACCUUAAAAUCCAGUUAAAAGACCAACCUCGUUCCCAGGGUUCUCUCCUACGGAGCUCCAUAGGGCGGGUAGGAGAGAACCCUGGGAACGAGGUUGUUAAAAGACUCAAAAGGGUGUAAGAAUAGUUAGAGAGAUGAAAGCCAAAACUAGUUCUCUGAGUCGGUACAGUGGAACCUCGAUAUAACAAACCUCUUUUACUCUUUUUGCUAGUCCCUUGACCGUUCGUUGUAUCGAGGUUCCACCGUAUCGAGGUACUUUUUCAUACAUUUUACUAUUAUUUGGGUAAAGAAAAUCGUUCGUUAUACCGAGGACUUCGUUAUAUAGAGGUUCCACUGUAUGUUGCCUCUAUGAUCACACAAUAUCAUAAUUUAUAAACAAAUGGUUAAUAGGAUUUUUGACUUUUUCAGGGAGUGUCACAUUGACAACCACGUUACAGAGAGAACAGACCUGCCAGAUCAUCUCAUAGUGGGAUCACAAGGAACGGAAAUUUUUACUCAAGAAUUUCCAAGGGUAACAGCCAGAUUUUCUGCGCGUUUGUGUUCGGAUAGCUUCAGAAGAAUGGCGGUGUUGUAUACCGUUAAAUGUAAUUAAACGUUGUUUAUGACCAGGGGCAAGACUGUUGUCAGCAGCGUUCCAGGUUGUGUAGUGUUUUUAUAGCGUUUGGUAGCAUUUGUGUUGGUGCUGAAGCACUCGGGCGUGCCAUUGUUCAGCGGUAUCCGAGGUCAGCGCAUGCAUUGCUUCCAAAUGUGCUUGCAGGUUUACUUGCGAGUACUUUAGGGCGCGAUCCAUUCGACCAAAAUUUCCGGAAAUCUCGGUCCAAAACUCAAUGGAUCGGUUCGGUCCAACCGGAAAAGUUUCCAAAAAACUGGUCCAUCUUUUGAGGUGGACCACUUUUCCCGGUCGGAAUUUUGGUUGAAUGGAUCGCGCCCUUAGUCACGGUCGGGGGCUCAGUUUGGGCAGACCACUCGGGUUUUCUAUCGCCUUGGGGGUUGUGAUUGUGGACAAAUGGUUGUAGCCCCCAGUCCCCUUGGGCACCUCACUUCCAUUCGCAACUAGAGUGUGAACCCACGUUUUCUCUUGCUAUAACUUUGUAAGAAAGACUGCUUUCUUCUUUCCUGAGCUUGUCAAAAUUAUAACUUCUUCACUGAUUAGUAAGUGCCAUACUACUUUUCUUCCCGGUCACUCAGUGAUAGGCUAUCCAUUCUUUGCCAGCCACAGCUAUCCACAAAAGCAUGGCAGCAAAAAAAAUUAUGUCGCUCAAGAAUUUUGUGUCGAUGACUGAUCAUUUCAAUUUCAUCCUGCUUGCCGACGUCGUAUUUUUUUUCUUUGUAGGUUUAUCCAAUCACAACGUUCCAUGACCCGGAUGUUAAUUGCGGUUCCCAGGCCCUCGUUGAUGCUCAUUCCCGUAACUGGCCUAAUAAACGAAUCCUUAUGCAGGUCAGUAAGAAAACUGUCAGGUAACUACAGGUGGCCACUUUAGAAAUGAGAAGGAAGCUGAGCCGUGUUAGUUUUCUCAAAGAUUUCUAAGACGGUAGUCUUUUGUCUGGUCACGCAACGUUCCCUUCUGGGACGAUUAUUGGGAACAGAGGAAAAAUACGCCAUUAACUGACCCGGCGCUUCCCCAGAGACGAUCUUAGAGGUCUUUGUGAAAAUUAACUCGGCGUAGUUUCUUCUCUUUUUUAAACUGGUGAAUGUCUUUCCAAAUUAUACAGUGGAACUGCUAUUUAACGGCUGCCCUUACUUAGGGAUGGGAAAACUGUUAGUUCUGUUCAAAGGCAAUCCACUGCUUUUCUUACCAUUAACUUCCUACUACUCUCACGUUUCAAAAUGGCGCGUGACAGGGCGUGGUACCCAUGGGGUGAAGAGAAAACCAUUCUGUGCUAUUACCCAGGCACUGGUACUCGGGCACCAAGUGAUACAUUGUCAUAGUGUGAGCCUAUACCUGUAUGGAUUAAUGAAAAUGAAUUUAUUUCUUGAUUUAUUUCAGCGUCACACGUUACGAGCUGUGCCAGUAUCUGAAGUGAAGUAUGAGUGGAAAGAUAAAAACACUCGUUUCUGGGUGUACGGCCUGGAUCACAGAGUGCACGCCCCAGACUACCCCCAACAGUGCUGUUGUGGUUGCACUAUAAUCUAG